GAUUCCUGACCGGCCCAUAUAAACCCGGCGAGCGUCUCCCAGAGCCAAAGCUUCCUCCGAGUCUGAAUCAUGAGAGGUUCGUCGUACUCACAGAAGAGCCUGAGCGUCAGCGGCUCCAGCAGGAUGAGGGUCCAGAGCCCGUCUCCGUCCCGGUGCCGCGGACGCUCCGGAGUCCAGGCCCAGCCGGUGGAAGUGGCCACCGAGAUCCACCAGCUCCACGCCGACGAGAAGCAGGAGAUGCAAGAGCUGAACGUGCGCUUCGCCGGAUACAUCCAGAAGGUCCAGGCGCUGGAGCAGAGGAACAGCGCUCUGAGAGCCGAGCUGGAGAGCCUUCAGGGACGCUUCAAGGGAGGACCCUCCGGCCUCGGAGACGAGUACCAGCUCAAGUUUAAAGAGAUGAGGGACCUGAUCGAAGCCCUGACCGCUGAGAAGGGAGCGGCUGACAUCGAGAGAGGAUACAUCCAGGAGGAGCUGGAGGUCUGGAGACUCAAGCUGGACGAGGAGAUGGCCAUCAAAGAGGAGGCGGAGAUGAUCCUCCGUGAGUUCCGUCAGGACGUGGAUAACGCGACGCUGCAGAAGGCAGACCUGGAGAAGCGCAUCGAGCAGCUGGUGGACGAGAUCGAGUUCCUGAAGAAGCUCCACGACGAGGAAGUGUCGGACCUCCUCAAGCAGAUCGAGGAGUCCAAGGUGACGGUGGAGCUGGACUCCGACAGACCGGAUCUGGCCGCUUACCUGCGCAACAUGCGCUCCGAGAUCGAGUCUGUGGCCGCUCGCAACGUCCAGGAGGCAGAGAAGUGGUACAAGGGCAAAUUCGACACUCUGAAGGAUCAAGCCAGCAAACACGAGGACAAGAUGAAGAGCAUGAAGGAGGAGAUCAGCGUCUUCCACAACCAGGUGACGGAUCUGCAGAACCAGAUCGACGGGCUGAGGGCGAGGAACGGGGCGCUGGAGCAGCAGCUGGAGGACAUGGAGGAGGCACACCUGGACAAGACGGCCGGUCUGGAGGACAUCAUCGUCCAGCUGGAGAGCCAGCUGUGCCAGACCAAGCUGGAGAUGGGGAAAUACAUGGCUGACUACCAGGAGCUGCUCCACAUCAAGCUGAAGCUGGACGCUGAGAUCGCCACCUACAGGAAGCUUCUGGAAGCAGAGGAGAAGCGGCUCGGGAUCUCCGUCGCAGAAGCGCUGACAGAAGAGAGAAGUGUACAGUAGACACACACACACACACACACACACGGCCUGAAGAUCAGCCUCCUCAGACUCACACACUCAAUAAAGCUGGAGAUGAAUGCACACCGGUGUCUGCUGUGUUCUGCUUCUAAUGAAACGCUUCAGUGAUGGAAGAACGAACGCUUUAUUCCUGGAGUUUCUGCAUUGAUUGGUUCCCUACUAAUGUUCAUUUGGAUGAAAAGUAAACUUGAGCUGAAAUGACACUGUUG